CACCCAUCUCUGGUUCCAGCAUGGAACUGGUACAUUGGUAAUGAUGAUGAGUUCGAGGCCAAUUAUACCACCACUGGCUUGUGCUGACUGUGUGGGAAGGGGUCCAGGACAGUUCAAAAUGCAAUGAGUUGUGAUCCACUGGAGUCCAUAAAUCAGGUCUGUGUUCUUUCUUCCAUCGGGCUGAGCAGAAGGUUCACUUUUUUUGUUUUGCAUCAAAAGGUACUGAGCCAGUGCGCACUCGGUGAGCCAUUUGCCUACGCUGUCGUUCAUUGAAUAGCCCCAUGUUGGAUGGUGGCAGUUAAAAUUGCCAAACUAUGCAGAUGGGUGUUGUGAUUUUGAUAGGGUUGGUAAAGGUCACUGCUGAUUGGAUAGCUUACACAUGUUAUAUAUUGUCAGCUCACUGACUUGGAUAUCAAUUGUGAAACUGUCAUCUGUUGUUGGUAGUGCAUUGGCUAUGUUUUUUAAUUUUGGCCUGAUAUAGGUGGCCAUUCCGUGUUCUGGAUGGUUUUGUUGAGAGAGAAGGAUGUAUCCAUUUUGAGCUGCCUUCUGCAGUGUAUGUUUCUUGCAGCACCAGGACGUUGAUGAUGAUGUCUAUCAGCAGCCUUGCGAUGACAUCAACCUUUGAACAAGAUAGGCCCUGAACAUUAAGUUCUCAUAGACAAAUGAACUAGCCCAUUAGUCAAUUAGUGUAGCUCUUGAAAAAGUUGCUAUUUUGACUGAGAAGUCAAGAAUAAUAAUCAGUCUACAAAGUGGUGGCAUUAGUUCAUACACAUACAUUAAAAUGUACUUACCAGGGAAGACCACAUGAAGGUUGCCACCAUUGCUCCCUUGCUUCAUGUAAAGCCCUGGCAAGAAACUGACAGAGAAACUUCACUAAAUGUUUAUUUUCUUUGUUCCACCAUUUGAAACAGAUUCUUGUCAGGGGGUAUGUAUUGAGCCGAGCUGAAGUUGUGAUAGAGGUCCAUGGAAAUGAAUAGAUAAUGCUUCUAAUGAAAAGUGCUGUGUUGGCCUGAGGAUAUACCAUAAAUGCUAAAGUCAAAACUUAUAUUGAUGUCAGUAAUGCAGGAUCAUGCUCCUAAAGUGCAAAUUCAUUAUCUUCAAUUACCCAUUUUGAGCCAUCAGGAUCAUAAUUCCAGAUAGUGUAUGAUCAACUUUCUUUUCCCUUUGUUUUUUCUCUCUUGCUCAUAUUAAUCAAGGUUAUGAGUUUACUUUGGCAGAAUAUUAUGGAACUUUAUCUCAUAGGACUCUUCUGCAGUUCUGUGUGUUAAGUUUUGGGGAGUGCAGCAGACAAUAUACGUUGUAUUCUGAAAAACUGUUCAGGAUAUAUGCCACGCAGAAUGAGAUGGUUUCAUUGCACCUUUGACAUGUACUAAGAGGUGCAUUGGGAAUUGCUUUACCAGUUCAUUAACAUGAAUAGGAGUUGUGGUCUGUGCUGGAGGAAGGUAUGGCUGGAAUCUAAAUUCUGUGCGCCAAAGCCACACAGCAAGUUAGUGGCUGAGCUAGGGUUAUAACUCAGAAGUUCCUGGUUCCUAGUCUCAAACUCGGUUCAGCAGAGCAUCCAGUCUUUCCAAGAAAGGACACUGACUGACAGUUCAAGACUGAUCUUCUACACAUUGGUGAUAACAGUGCUUUCCUGUGUGAGAAGUCCCAUAGACUUUUAACUUUAGAAGAUUGAGCCUUUAGUUUUGAACUGGCAGUGUGUUUUUUCUUGGAAGGCAGCGUGUUCUGGUGGACUAAACACGGGACUGGAAUCCAAGAAUGUCAGAUUUCUAAUUCCAGCUCGGUCAUUGCCUUGCUGAAUUGUUGCCUUGGGCAAGUCACUAUAAAUCCCAUGCCUCGGUUUCCCUAUCUGCAAAAUGCGGCUGAUACAGUGUACAGCACUGUGAAAAUAAGUUCAAAAGUAUUGUAGAUAUUACUCUUUCCGCUACACUACGUAGUGGUUUUUCCUUGCCAUGACUGAUUCCAAGGGCUUGAAAUCUUAAGUGAAGAUAUCCAGAAAAGUCUUGCAUGUACAACUGUAUUUUUUGUUCUCUUUGGAGUCUUCAUCAUCAUCAUCAUCACCUUAUGUAAGAAAGAAACUAAGUAUAAGUAGUUGGUAUUGACUUGUUCAUAUCCUCCAAUUUCACACGGGGCCCUCUGAGCAUGAAUUUUAAAAUAGACUUGAACAGUGCAUUCAGUAAUUUUACCUAUGGAAUAAAGCUUUCAGAUUUUCAUAGAAAAAAGUUGUCUAUAACAGCAACCUUGCUGCAUAGCAAAACUUGGUUUUGCUGUACAUGUAGCAGCAUAGUGUAUUUUCUUAACAGAUAAGUAGGAGAGGCUACUUUCAUAGGAAACUUAUAGACCUGUAUGUUGUUUUGUUGGUGGGCACGAGAUAGAGGGCUUCUGAGAGCUCGGCCAGAGAGAGAGAGGCAGCUCCAGCCGGUCUCGUUCGCCCGCACUGACUGUAGGGAGUUUGGUCUAGAGCAUCCUGCAGGCUUUGACGUCGGUCGGAUCCAGGGAGAAAAGGCUGGCAUAGAAGGCCCUGGCCCUUCCAUGCAUCUCCUCCAGAUCCGUGAGGGGGGUGCCAUCCUCUGCAAGGAGGCAGGUGACAUGCUUUUUGGCCCCCCUCUUUUUCUCCAGGGCAUAGAAGAAGUGGGAGCUGUGAUCCAUCUCCCGCAGGAGACGGAUGCGGGAUCGAACAAAGGCACCCCGGGCAGCUAUUCUUUAUUACCGUUAUAUUGCAAGGGGAUAUCAUUCUUCGUAUGUAAAGAACAUCUUCUUGGUCACUGAAUUUGGAAUGUUACUUUACUUGUGAAUCUGAUGGAGGAAUAGCCAGAUCUCAGACUUCUACUCUGGAAGGCUUUACAGGAAAUACAAGAUGUCGUCGAAUAGGAGUCAGAACCCACAUGGACUUAAACAGAUUGGUCUUGACCAGAUAUGGGAUGACCUUAGAGCUGGAAUUCAACAGGUUUAUACCAGACAAAGUAUGGCAAAAUCCAGAUAUAUGGAACUCUACACUCAUGUUUAUAACUACUGUACUAGUGUACACCAGUCUAAUCAAGCACGAGGAGCGGGAGUACCUCCUUCCAAAUCUAAAAAAGGCCAGACACCUGGAGGAGCUCAGUUUGUUGGCUUAGAACUGUACAAACGACUUAAAGAAUUUCUGAAGAACUACUUGACAAAUCUCCUUAAGGAUGGUGAAGACUUGAUGGAUGAGAGUGUGCUGAAAUUUUACACUCAACAAUGGGAAGAUUAUAGGUUUUCAAGCAAAGUGCUGAAUGGGAUUUGUGCCUACCUCAAUCGACAUUGGGUUCGUCGUGAGUGUGAUGAAGGUCGUAAAGGAAUAUACGAAAUCUACUCACUUGCCUUGGUGACCUGGAGGGACUGUUUGUUCAGGCCGUUAAAUAAGCAGGUAACAAAUGCUGUGUUGAAACUGAUAGAAAAGGAAAGAAAUGGUGAAACCAUCAACACCAGGCUGAUCAGUGGAGUCGUACAAUCCUAUGUGGAACUGGGACUGAAUGAAGAUGAUGCAUUUGCAAAGGGACCUACACUAACUGUCUAUAAAGAGUCUUUUGAAUCUCAGUUUCUUGCUGACACAGAGAGGUUUUAUACAAGAGAAAGUACUGAAUUCUUGCAACAGAACCCAGUCACAGAAUACAUGAAAAAGGCAGAAGCUCGUCUUUUGGAGGAACAGCGUAGAGUUCAGGUUUAUCUCCAUGAAAGCACGCAGGAUGAAUUAGCACGAAAAUGCGAGCAAGUACUUAUUGAAAAACACUUGGAGAUUUUUCAUACAGAGUUUCAGAACUUAUUGGAUGCUGACAAAAAUGAAGACUUGGGACGCAUGUAUAACCUUGUAUCUCGAAUCCAGGAUGGCCUCGGAGAGCUGAAAAAACUCUUGGAAACGCACAUUCAUAAUCAGGGUCUAGCUGCUAUUGAGAAAUGUGGAGAAGCUGCUUUAAAUGAUCCAAAAAUGUAUGUACAGACAGUGUUGGAUGUCCAUAAGAAAUAUAAUGCUCUAGUCAUGUCUGCCUUCAACAAUGAUGCUGGCUUUGUGGCUGCACUAGAUAAGGCUUGUGGUCGAUUUAUAAAUAACAAUGCAGUGACAAAAAUGGCUCAGUCAUCCAGUAAAUCUCCAGAGUUGCUGGCACGAUAUUGUGACUCCUUGCUAAAGAAAAGCUCAAAGAAUCCAGAAGAAGCAGAGCUAGAAGAUACACUCAAUCAAGUGAUGGUUGUAUUCAAGUACAUUGAAGACAAAGAUGUGUUUCAAAAAUUCUAUGCUAAAAUGCUGGCAAAGAGAUUGGUACACCAGAACAGUGCUAGUGAUGAUGCUGAAGCAAGCAUGAUCUCUAAACUCAAGCAAGCUUGUGGUUUUGAGUACACCUCUAAACUUCAGAGGAUGUUCCAAGACAUUGGCGUAAGCAAGGACUUGAACGAGCAAUUUAAAAAGCAUCUGACAAAUUCAGAACCAUUAGAUUUGGAUUUCAGUAUACAGGUUCUCAGUUCUGGAUCAUGGCCCUUUCAGCAGUCCUGCACAUUUGCUCUACCUUCUGAGUUGGAACGUAGUUAUCAGAGAUUUACAGCUUUUUAUGCCAGUCGUCAUAGUGGAAGAAAAUUGACCUGGUUGUAUCAGCUAUCCAAAGGGGAACUGGUUACCAACUGUUUCAAAAAUAGAUACACAUUACAGGCAUCGACGUUCCAGAUGGCAAUCCUACUACAAUACAACACAGAAGAUGCCUAUACUGUUCAACAGCUGACAGACAGUACUCAGAUAAAAAUGGAUAUCUUGGCACAAGUUCUACAGAUCUUACUGAAGUCAAAGUUAUUGGUUUUGGAAGAUGAAAAUGCAAAUGUGGAUGAGGUGGAAUUGAAGCCGGAUACCUUAAUAAAACUAUAUCUUGGUUACAAAAAAGGCAACACUCCAAAUGAGGCCAAAAGUCUGUGGGAUAACUAAUUGCAGUUGAUCUGGUAAAUAAACAAUAAUCCAAAUUGUUCACAGCUUGUUCUUGAGGAAGAUUAAGUGGUAAAUUUUCAAAGUUCUGCUUUCAAAAGUAACUUACAAGCCUCACUUUCAAUGAGACUUAGGUUCCCUAAAUACCCAAGUGACUUUUGAAAAUGUUAUCCUUGGUUCCCAGAACAAAUCUUAAGCUUUGUAUGUUUUAUUUUUAGGCAAAUGUAAUAUGAAUAGAAGUUUUGUUUUGAGUUGUUGUUAUUAUUAAAUUUUUAAUGUGUAAAUUUUCCUGCAGUAUCAAACUCUCUCUCAUAUGCAUUGUGCUAGUAGUUGGUGAGGACCAGAAAGUGAAACUGACAUACAGGGUUGUACUGUUUAAGGCCCUGAUCCUGCAACAGUGUCUGUGUGGAUGGACCCAUAUUGACUUCAUUGGGGUUUCACAUGGGUGCAAGGAUCUACACAUUAGUAUGCAGUUGCAGUUUUGGGUCCCAUGCUAAGUAAAAUGUAAAUAGUGAAUAAAUAUGAAUGGUAAAAAUAAAUGAACUUUAGAAUUGAGUAAUGCAGGUAAAUCUUUUUUCUCCCCUAGAUAUAAGUUCCUUUUAAAUUUCAAAGUCUGUACUCCUUUAGCAGUCAAACGCACAAGUAGUUUUUAUUUAGCUUUUGUGAUCAAAAUUCCUGUUUCAAACAUUAUAUUUUGUCAUCUUAGUUAUUUUUAAAACAAAGCCAUAAUUUGAGAUCUAUUUUGGUUUUCUACUUAAAAGAAGACUCAAAACUCAAUCUAAAUGUUCAGUUCUCCCAAUUUAAGUGUGUGCUUUUGUACCAGGAUUUGUUCAAAUGUGUUCUGAUCCUGCAAACUCAGUGGGACUAUUCACAUGAGAGAGAGUUUGAUGGAUAAAUCUCAUUAUCACUUUGACAAAUCACAAACCUUUGUAGUAUUAACCAUUUUGUUGGGAUUAUGGUAUUUAGUGUCCAGUUGUGCUUGUGUACCGUAGAGUACUAUGAAAUGUAUUCCAUCUGGCCUAGGUAGCCUUUACAAUAAAGAAUAUCAGAGCGUUAAGAUCAUUUGAAGAUCACAUUUGGGGAAAGGAGGCAACUAUGAAAUUUUUCUCCUAUCCUAUCCUCCUUGUCACUAAGUAAGAAAAGCUGUGUUGGGAGCAAAUGGGAGGAAUUGGUUCUUUUUAUAGAACUGGAAAUGGAAGGAGUAAUCAGAUAUUCCCAACUUUCCACUCAGAUUUUCUUUUUGAAAUUAGGCUAAUUAUUUACUCAACUUCCCUUUCCUGGCAGCAAAAAAUUGAGGGUAAACAUCAAUGUGCCAAUGAAGACUGAACAGAAGCAGGAGCAGGAAACUACACA